AUGGGAUCUUAUGCAAGUCGACCAGAGGAGCCCAAUCUAUCCCUCGAGGAGAUGGAAGUGCGCCAGGACGCAGAGGCAGCUGCUGCGCAUUUCCAGAAGGAUGCUGAGGCUGCCAGAGAGGAAAUCGCCGAGCUCAACAGGUUGAAUCAAAAAUUACAGGAAGAGGCCAAGACAGCUUUUCAAGCUGCGGCGGCCACAAAGGAUCAGGUCCGAAAGGAGAUGGAAGCAAUGGCCAAAGCCGAACGUGCGGCCAAUGAAGCUCGCUUACGAGCGGAAGCUGCUGCUCGUACUGCCAGUGAAGAAGCAAAACGGAGAGCAGUUGAAGCAGAGGAGGAGCGUAAGCGAACAGCCGCUGUCCAAGAACAAGCCAAACGAGAUGUCCAGGCUGCCCAAGAGCAGGCCAAGAGACUGCAGGAGACUGUUGAUGAGGAGAGGAGGGCAACUGCCGUCCAGGAGGCAGCCAAUGCUGCUAAGGAGGAGGUGAUCACCGAGCUCCGCAGGUUGAAUCAAAAAUUACAGGAAAAGGUUAUGGCAGCUCAGCUGGCCGCUUUGCAAGCUGCGGCAGCCUCGCAGGAGCAGGCCCAUAGAGAGAUAAUGGCGAUGGUCCAGGCCGAACGUGCCGCCAAUACAGCUUGCUUACUGGCAGAAGCUGCUGCUCGUGCCGCUGUUGAAGAAGCCAAACAAAAAGCAGCUGAAGCAGAGGAAGAGCGUAAGCGAACUGCCGCUCUACAAGAGCAAGCCAAACGGGACGCCCAGGCUGCCCAGGAGCAGGCCAGGAAACUACGUGAGGCUGCCGACGAGGAGAAGAGGAAGGCGACUGCCGUCCAGGAGGCGGCCAACGCGUCGAAGAAAGUGGCAGAAGAGCAAGUAAAGGCGGCUAAUGCUGCCAAGGAGGAGGCUGAACGCAAGUUGAAAGAAAGCAUUGAGGCUGUGGUGACCCUCACGCCCGAAGAACAGGCCAGACGAGACGCCCAGGCUGCCCAGGAGCAGGCCAGGAAGGCACUGCAGGAAUCGUGCCAUCAUCAGUAG